AUGGCGACGUCCACGGAGCACGAAAGUGUACAGCAUACAGACGAAGACAGUCAAACCAAACAGCCCCUAGUCGAUGAUAUUUCGGCAUACGCAAACGAAAGCACGGAUAGAGUGAUCCUUCAAAAGCCGGUAGAUCUCUUCAUCGAAUGCAAUGGUCAUCUCUUCGGAGUACAUCGCGCGAUAGUCGAAUCACACUGCGACCCCUUCGACAAAGUCGGCAACACGGAACUGAAUUCAGAGAUGUAUCGAUGGGAGGCACUCAAAGACUUGCUUAUCUACCUGUACAGGGAAGACUUCCGCCACCUCCUACCACAGGACAGGAAGCCUAACUCCAGCGACUUCGAUGAGUAUUUUUGGCGUCUGGUGGAAAUGUUCGUCAUGGCGGACAAACUUGCUCUGCGCAAGCUCGUUCGUACCAUCUCCCACCGGAUCAUCAACAUGCGCGACGUAUUUCAGGCCCGGAAUCGGACUGCGGAAUGCAAAGGCACACAGAUUGCGACCUACCUCCAAAUUCUUGGCCUCCCUCAAACAUCGACAGUAAUGGAACUACAGGAGAGGGUCAAGAGCCUGGUCAUCGGCUCCGCCAUUCCAUGGGAGCCAAAUCUCCUCAGCCUGCGCAUCGAACCCGAUGACGCGACAACGGUCAACGGCGGGAGACGUAGGCCGGUUGCAGGGGCAGACAGACGUGCCGAGCUAGUUGAUCUGGUUCGCCGGGAGCCAGCGGCAGCUCUGGACCUAAUUCUUCAUCUGGGGAACGCUAUGUCAGAUUUGCAGAAGCUGACACUCGAUCAGAUUUGCAUCAAGUGUAAAGUGAAGGGGUUGUCCAUGGAAUCGAAGAGCAAGUAUCAAGGCAUGAAUGAGAGAUUGCGGAUCUAG